GAACGAAGGAGAUGUGUCCCCAGAGUCGCAGUCUUGUGUUUCACUACCCCACAAUAUUCACCUGCUUUGACGCUUGAGCUUGAACGUCCGCCCCAUCCGAAACCGACUGGAGCGCUGCUCCGCUCACCGUCCGUAAAUAUCGCCAUCUCGGACCUACGCACUCUCCCAACAUAUUUAGAGGACAAGGCCACCGCAGAUCACACUCAUAGGGCCCUGUCGACAUUAUAUCUAUUAUAAUGGCCUCUCCGCCGCUGCCGAGUGCGAAGGUCAUCCACGUAGACACCCGUGGGGCAGUCAUUCUAGAGGAAGAGUCACCCGAGACAAGGGACAGUCGAGGAAUAUAUCUUCCCAACUACAUCGAACCGGUCUCACAUAUCGCUGUAGACAUCGGGGGCUCGCUCGCGAAGGUCGUCUAUUUCACCCGUUCUCCUGAUCCGCCUUCAUCACCUUCUAUCGCUGCUACGAACGGAAACACCACGCAUAGCAGCGGAGUCUCGAGCCCAGGAUGGUCUUCUCCUCCCACAUCUGAUGAUGGCCAGCGACAGUCCCCGCCACCACCACCGUUCCCGAAGCAAAAUGGAGCGCUUACACCCAUGGUCCUCGAAACGACCGCCUCUAACCAUCUCCUGAGCCAUUCUCACAUUCAUAAUCAUAACACGAACGGCCACGCUCUCGCUGGUAUUGACCAACUCAUACUCCGCCGCGCUUCAUUACAACAUUUCCCUGGCGGGUCCGUGAACUUUGAGCGAUACGAGACGGAUAACAUCGACGAAUGUGUCGAGUUCAUUCAGGACCUCAUCGCACGCUCGGCGAAAGUGAAUGGCGUGUCAAUAGAGGAGAUGCGGCGGGGCGUGAAGAUCAUGGCCACGGGAGGGGGCGCGCACAGGUUCUACGAGCUGUUCAGCGAGACGUUGGGCGUCGAAGUGCGCAGGGAGGACGAGAUGGAGUGUUUGAUUGAGGGGAUGAAGUUCAUCACGCUCAUUCCUGACGAGGUCUACUUCUUCUCGGACGAGCUCAUCCAAUCCGUAACACAUCCUACGACGGGCUCAUCCGCGGCGGCGUCGAUCUCACCACAACUGUCGAACGGUCCUCCUGCCAAACCAUCUGCACCGCUGGAACGACCGAGUCCGGAUCCUCCUAAAUAUGCAGUGACGUUUCAGACGCAUCCGACGCCACAGUUGCCUUGCUUGCUCGUGAAUAUUGGGUCUGGAGUUUCGGUCAUCAAGGUGGAUGAGGAUGGGUCGUUCGAGCGUGUGAGCGGGACAAGUUUGGGAGGCGGAACGCUCUGGGGUCUCCUCAGUUUGCUCACGGGAGCGAGGUCAUUUGAUGAGAUGCUGGCGUUUUCGGAACGAGGCGACAAUGCGACAGUGGACAUGCUCGUGGGAGACAUCUACGGGCAAGACUACAGCAAGUUGGGUCUCAAGUCGACGAUGAUCGCGAGUUCGUUCGGGAAGGUGUUCAAGAAGGGGCAGGAGAAGGGGAAGUUCUCUCCCGAGGACAUCAGCAAGAGCCUGCUCUACGCGAUCUCGAACAACAUCGGGCAAAUUGCGUUCAUGAACGCGGAGAAGUAUGGGCUGGACAGGAUCUACUUUGGUGGUUGCUUUAUCCGUGGACACGCAGCGACGAUCGCGACGCUCUCGUAUGCGAUUCGAUUCUGGAGUAAAGGCACGAAGCGGGCGUUGUUCCUCCGGCAUGAAGGAUUCCUCGGUGCUAUCGGCGCCUGGAUCAAGAAUAUUGAUGAAGAACAUACAUCUGAGACAUCCUCGGCUUCGGGUGAUGCAUGAUGCAUGAUGCCGCCCGCCCAAUGUACAUGGCAGAUGUAUCAGCGUACCCAUAUUCAUCAAGAAACGAAACGAAACACAUCCAACCGCUGCGCAUUCCAUCCCUCGACACAAAUAUCCCACUUCCACCAACAGCCAGCUUCAUCUCUCCCCGCUUUGCUCUGACACCCUCCCGUUGCAUAUUUCCUCUUCGUUCGUUCGUUCGCCAGGUUGGAUAUUGGAUGCUUUUUUUCUUAUUUAUGUCCAUCUAGUUCACUUCACUUCAAAUUGUCGGAUUCAUUCCUUCCGAAAGCUGCUGUAUCUUUAUCUGUAUGAUAGAUCUGACCCCCCUGUCCCAAGCUGAUUGCUGAAGCGCUGAUGCCGCACUCUUAAGUUACUUAUUUUGCUCCUCAUACAGUACGGUACCCUGGAACAUCAAUAAUGCGAUGCGAUGUUGCC